AUGCCGCUAUGUUUCAAUUCCACCACGAAUGAACCGUAUCUGCGGCUCGCAGCUCCACACUCGCACAUAAUCAUUACCCCACAUCGGUCGGACCCAAUCGCGGAUGGGAUACCAGCGAGGAUCCGGAUUUUGAAUCAUCCAGCAGUAGCUUUGUGCCUCGAGGGUCCCCCAUACCCUCAUCUUCAGGAACAUGCAGAAUCCUGGUGCAACGGCAAACGCGACGAAAUGCGAGAGGUUGUUGAGUCAUUAGUAUGCGAGUUCCAAGAACCCUCUCGCAACGGAGAAAAUGCCCGCGUUUUCGACAAAUGUCCAUUUACUUGUAUUCGCGAAGUAACAGAAGAGACCCCAGACGGUGAUCCUCUGAAAGAUGUCUUCAUUGGUGAUAUCGGUCUUGUUAGGUAUUCAUUUUAUGAAUUUCGCCCGGGGAGCGACGAACGUCAAGCUGCGAAAGAUCGAAAUAAUGCUAUUCCAGGCGGAGAUGAAAGUAUCGUUUGGCAAUUCGGAGAUUACUUGGCACCAUCGCAUCAUGGUCGUGGUAUCAUGACUGUCGCAAUACGGUCUGUGAUUCACGACUGGGCAGUGCCACGCAUGAAUGUCAGGGAUAUAAGAGCUUCUGCCUUUGUGGGAAAUCAAGGUAGCUUGAAAGUAUUCUUGAAAAAUAACUUCGAGGAAACGUGCACGCUCGAGAACUGGGCGCCCGUGUCCGAGAGUCGUGGAGGGGGCAUGCGGUCCAUUGUUGUGGUGAAAUGGCGAGGCGUGAAUUGA